AUGCGGGUCAACUUCGGCAGGGCUAGGAGCGGGGCCGGCAAGGAUAUGGACGAACUCUUCACCCUCCUGCGACAAAUCAGCUUGAAGGCAGACGAGCGUGCGCCUAUUCAUCUCUCGGAACAAGAGGUAGCGGCCCUUGAUGAUCGGAAGGACCUACAAGAACUGCGCGCGAGCCUUGCCAAAGCCAAAGCGGACACAGGCGCCAUUCGCGAGUCGCCCGAAGCGCGACGUAUUUCAUCACAUUACCGGUACAUGAGGAAGGUGCUCCAAGCCCAAGCCCUGGAAGAGAAAAGGAGGAAGUACUUCGACGAAGCCGACAAAUGCCGCGCACUUGGCAAACAUCCCCCAAUUCUCCGAGAAACCGAUAGCCACGAUGACUAUGGGUCAACAAGGGUCCCUAUCUUAGGCAUAGGCACCAGAUGCAUGAGCGACUUCGUGCAGCGCAGCGAACUGGGUGCAUGA